UUUAUGGUACAUGGACGCGUCUCUUUCCUGAGUUUGCGAAUCGCGACGGGGAUUGAAAUUUUUUGGGUCUUUUGAUCCUUUUUAAUGGCUGCCGUAUUGCGUGGUUGAAUGUUUACUCUAAUUCAAACAUGAGUGAUUAUUCUUCUAUGGCUACGCUCCAAAACAACAGUGUAACAGGGGGAUUUGCGGCUGCUCUACAACGUGCGAAAUUGGUGGCCGCGAAAAUUGAAGGUGGUGGAAGUAAAAGAUCUCUUGAAGACGGACCUGAACCAAGUUCUAAGAAAAUGGCAUCAGCUGAACCACCAUACUCUCCACCACAGAUGAGUGCGUCAGCAGCAGCGGCGGCGGCGGCGGCUGCGGCCGCAGCAAGGAUCGCGGCCAACACUGGCUCCCCACCAGCCCCACCUGGCCCACCCAACAUGAUGAACGACCAAGCCAUUAAUGACUAUAUCAGGGUUCCUGAUAAAAUGGUCGGACUCAUAAUCGGUCGCGGCGGCGAGCAGAUCACGCGGUUACAGGCGGAGACGGGUUGCAAGAUCCAAAUGGCACCGGAUUCGGGUGGUCAACCAGAUAGACUUUGUACCCUCACUGGGUCGCGCGAGGCUAUCGCUAGGGCCAAGGAACUGGUGAACAACAUCGUGAAUCACCGUGGGCGUGAGAAUGCCCCGCAACAUCAGGAGCAGGGCAUGUCGCCGAUGCCAAGGGGUGGAGGGGGUGGUGGCGGCGGUGGGGGUGGACUGGGUGUCACUGACGAAAUCAUGUUACCUGGACCGAAAGUCGGGUUGAUUAUUGGUAAAAAUGGAAAAACCAUCAAGCAACUGCAAGAGCAAUCAGGUGCAAAAAUGGUUGUUAUACAAGACGGACCUAAUACUGAAUAUGAAAAGCCACUGCGCAUUUCCGGCGACGCGGCAAAAGUGGAACACGCCAAACAGCUAGUGUACGAGCUGUUACAAGAUAAGGAUGGCGGCCCAGGGCCGAGGUUUGACGAUGGGUACCAAGAUCAGGGCAAUGGUGUGACGUCUACCGAGGUCCUGGUACCAAAGAUAGCUGUGGGUGUCGUGAUAGGCAGAGGCGGCGAUAUGAUCAAGAAGAUACAAAACGACUCGGGCUGCAGGGUUCAGUUCCAUCAGGAGAGGGAAGAAGGGCCCGGAGAUAAGAGAUGCUACCUGCAAGGGUUGCCCCAUCAAGUAGAUCAUGCGAGGCAAAUGAUUGAAGACCUAAUCAACAGUGUCAAUUUGGCAAUCCGCUCGGGCAGAGGUAGGCCGGCUAACAAGAACCAGGGCAACAACGAACGGGACAAUCAGCAGUGGCAAGACAAUGCUCCAGAAGUCAGGGUCACCUUCACGGUCUCCAAUGUGAAGUGUGGACUCAUCAUCGGCAGAGGCGGUGAAGUGAUAAAGCAAAUAAACGCGCAGUCGGGCGCGCACUGCGAGCUCGACCGGCGCGUCCAGAACCAGGACCGCGUCAACCGGACGUUCUUCAUCAAGGGGCACCCGGACGCCGUGGAGAACUGCAAGCGGAUCAUCAUGGAGAAAGUUGGCAUGCCGGUGAAUUUCGUACCGGACGGCGGUGGUGACAGCAACAACGGCAACGGUGGCAACAACGGCAACGGCGGGCCCGGCGGAGAGUUCUACGGCGGCGGCGGCGGCGGCGGGCCCGCGUGGGGCUACAACCCGCACUGGCACCAGCAGCCACAGCCGCACCAACCGCAGCAGCAGCAAGUGCAAAUCAACCCGUCCACUGGUCAGCCGGACUACUCGCAGCAGUGGAUAGACUACUAUCGGUCGCUCGGCCUCGUGAAGGAAGCGGAGGCUAUUGAGCAGCAGGCGAAACAACAGCAAAUCGGUUCGAACAACACGGGCAACACGUCGAGCCCGAGCCCCGCGGCGGGCGCGUCGGGCGCGGCGGGGCCGGCGGGCGGCGCGGGCGGCGCCGGCGGCUCGGGCGCGCCGGACUACAGCGCGCAGUGGGCGGAGUACUACCGCGGCAUCGGCAAGCUGAAGGAGGCGGAGGCGAUCGAGGCGCAGAUCAAGGCCAAGCAACAGCAACAACAACAACAGCAGCAACAGCAACAGCAGCAGCAGGCGCCGCCCGCGCCGGCGCCCAGCCAGCCGGCGGGCGCGUCCCCCGGCGGCAUGGGCCAGUACCCGCAGUACCCGAUGUACCCGCCCGUGUACCCGUACGCGUACAACCCGUACGGCGGCGCGCAGCAGGACGCGUCGCACCAAUGAGAAACCGGCCGCGAGACAACGUUACAGAAUGAAGAUACCUCCAUUGUAGUUUUAUCUAAUUGUAAGCGUUCGGAAUACAGCCAAAACGUUAACUUCCAUAUAACGCCCGCAAUAAAUAAAUAACAUAUCACGUGUAUUUUUUGCGGGUCUAUUGUCAAUGAGAUUAUAUCACUAUUGUCUUGUUUCUUUUGUUGACGGCAGUGUGGACUAUCUCAAUCGUGUAUUAUGUAUGUCAUAUUGUGUGCUAGCACUAUUACGAUAUUGAUUAUUGUCAGUUUGUCCAGGUUUAAAAUAUAGCCACACAGCCUAAUACGAUGUUAACAGUGAACCGACGGAGCUUAGAGAAAGUGAAAAUGAUUAUGAGAGAUACAUCGCGCCGCGAGGAGUCGAGGUAAAUGCACUGAUGAGUGAUUUAGCUUACACACCUGUUGUGAUCUAUAUUGUUGGAUAUCGUACGCGCAAAUCUCACGUCUUAUCCUGUGUACGCGGUUGCACGUUUGGCAAUUUUGUUGAUCGACACGUUGCGCAACUUAUCCGGCGACAUGUUGGGCCUCAUGUUUGUUCUAUGAAUACUUGAAUUGAAUAUGUAAAUGUGAUCGUUGAUUGAAUAUCGGUAACGUCAUGCCCAACAUGUGUUCUGACCGAAGAUAAUGCACACACAAUAGCGGAUCUUAUGUUAUGUAAUUCAGAAUUUUAAAUUAAACAGCUGUGGUGCCCCAAAAUCGCCAAGUAUGUAACCAAAUUCUAUGAUUGUAUAUGUAAAUUUCGGAACGAGUUAUGAACAGACAAUUUCUUGAACUAAUUUGUUUAGAUUAUAAGUUAGGGGUGAUGUUUCGACUCUCUUGACAGCUCAAUAGGUUACUAACACUUAAAAAAUUUCAAAACGGACGGUAGUUACAUAAAAUCUUUAGAAUGUAUUAAAAUUUUUAGCUUUGAUAAAUCUAGGUGUGUAUCGACGGUAAUGUGUCUUACAUUCCUCAUGAAUAUUGUUCGACUCUAAGAAGGUUCGAGAGUUCAUUGCACAGGGAACUACCCUCAUCAUUGUACUAAUAUUAAGAUAUAAAGUGUAUGUUAAUUGAUA